AUGAGCAAGGAUGAGCCGGUGGAUGCCCAGAUGGUCUGGGCUGGACUGGGGCCAGCGCGCCAGGCAGGGGUCUUUGGGGUGCAUCCAUCCAGCGUCCAGAUGCCGCCGUCGUGCUGCCGCCGUCGCUGGAUCAAGCUCGACAGAGACCGCUGGGAGGCCGAGUCGUCAUCGGCGGCGCGCUGCCAGCUCAGCAUCUCGUUGGUGUUGGGGAUUGAGCACGGCGAGGCAGAGCGUGAGGCAGCGGCCAGACGCCCGGACUAUAUCCAGCUCGCAAGCCAAGGUGACGCCAGGCCGUGGCCGCUAGUGCUGCCGUUGCUCGUAUACUGGCACAGGCAGGAUGGCAAAACGUGCUCGUGCCCUCUGCAGCAAGGUAAAUUAGACGGGGCAAGGCGGAACACGGACUCGAAUCCAGCAGCUCAGAUCGAUAUUUUUGACGUAUUGGACUACAGAUGGAUGGAGGCAAGCGGCGAAGCGGACCUGGCUACAGUAGCAGACCCAGUGCUAACGGCGCCACGGCGAGCCCUGCGAAAGGUCCCGGAAGAGCCCCUAGGCAUAUCGACGGAUUACUCGCGUUUGAAUACAUCAAAUGUACCUAGUGCCAGGGACUGCGAGGAGCACCGCUGUGGCACAAACUCAACAGGCACAAGUGGAAUUCAAUUCGCUCUUCCAGGCGAACAACGUCGUUUAAGGCUAGGCGUUGCUGGUUUCAGGAGAAGUCUGGAGCCGAAGCUGGUAUCCAUCAUUGCUGGAGAGUGCAGCGUCCUGUGUGAGCCUGUCCGGGUGACGAGCGAGACGAGACGCAAGACGCUGCAUGCUGCAUGUAGCCCGCCCAAUGGUUUGCAGCCAAGCGUAUGGGUCAUGGUUCAGCAUGUGCUGUUGUACCUCCCUGCGCAUCGCCAAGGCAGACAGCAAGCAUCAAUUGCCUGUGCGAGCGUGCUUGCAUUCAAGCCCAACUCUUGGGCUCGCAAACUGUGGGUUGCUCCGGCAGCCAAGAUGCCUCUUCGCCUCAGCCCAGACGAGCAGCUGCGGGCACAGCACCGACAUGCGCAACGGCCGCCGCAAUUGGAUGCUCAAGAUCCUUGCCGUUUCUUCGGGGUGGGCUUUUCGGAAUGGCAAAACCAGAGCCGGAGUCGCAUCGGUAGCGGUGGCGAGGGCCGUACUGGACAGGCAAUAAUGCUAGCCUGA